AUGGGUCGCGGGAACGGAUACCUAUGGACAGAAACAUACGAUGGUUCAACAAUAGCAUUCAUGGUGAUAGGGGCCGCACUGGUCUUUAUAAUGGUUCCAGGAUUAGGAUUUCUAUAUUCUGGACUUGCAAGAAGGAAGUCUGCUCUUUCUCUGAUAUGGGUCGUUCUAAUGGCAACUUUAGUCGGGAUGGUCCAAUGGUAUUUCUGGGGUUACUCAUUAGCUUUCAGUCAUACUGCUUCAAAUAAUAAAUUUAUUGGUGAUUUAAAUUCAUUUGGGUUUAGAAACGUUUAUGGAAAAAUAAAAAAUUCUGAUGGAAGCGAAGUUCCUGGUCAGUUAUAUCCUGAAAUUGCAUUCGCAGCUUUCCAAAUGAUGUUUAUGUGUGUAGCAUUAAGUAUUAUUGCAGGUGCUACCGCUGAAAGGGGUAGAUUGUUUCCUCACAUGGUUUUCAUCUUCAUCUUUGCCACCUUGGUUUAUUGCCCCAUUUGUUAUUGGAUUUGGGCACCAGGUGGAUGGGCAUACCAAUGGGGAGUCUUAGACUGGGCAGGUGGUGGUCCAGUAGAAAUUUUAAGCGCUGUAGCAGGAUUUGUUUACUCAAUCUUUCUGGGUAGACGUAAGGAAAACUUACUGAUUAAUUUCAGACCACAUAAUGUCUCAAUGGUGACUUUAGGUACUUCCAUUCUCUGGUUUGGUUGGUUGUUAUUCAAUUCAGCUACUUCACUAACUCCUGACAUGAGAUCUGUCUACGCAUUUAUGAACACUAAUAUCAGCGCUGCCACAGGUGGUAUGACGUGGUGUUUAUUAGAUUAUAGAAGUGAGAAAAAAUGGUCAACUGUCGGUUUAUGUUCAGGGAUCAUUUGUGGAUUAGUCGCUGCUACUCCCAGUUCAGGCUGUAUUACAUUAUACGGUUCCUUUAUCCAAGGUAUCAUAUCCGGUAUUGUCUGUAACUUUGCAACAAAGAUCAAAUAUUACUUGAAAGUUGAUGACUCAUUAGAUCUGUUGGCAGAACAUGGUAUUGCUGGCGUUGUUGGUCUAAUAUUCAACGCUCUGUUCGCUGCUGAUUGGGUCAUCGGAAUGGAUGGUAAAACGAGACACAGGGGCGGUUGGUUAACACAUAACUAUAAACAGAUGUACAAACAGAUAGCAUACAUAGCUGCAACAGUCGGUUACUGCGCUGUUGUUACUGCACUUAUAUGCUUCAUUUUAGAUAAGAUUCCAGGACUACAAUUGAGAGUAACGGAGGAAGCUGAAGCCCGAGGAUUAGAUGAAGACCAAAUAGGUGAGUUCGCCUAUGAUUAUGUCGAAGUUAGGAGAGAUUACUACGAAUGGGGUGUCGAUACCGAUAAUAUGCACUCGGGUGCUGAAAAUGAACAAACAACUACUACUGAAAAUAGUAGAGCAGCAUCUCCUGCAUCCUCGGCUAUCAAUGAACACCAUAUCUCAAAUAGCGAAAAAUAA